AUGAACAAUGAAAGUGGUGCCGGCAGUCGGCAAAAUCGCCUCGUGUGCAAGAGUUGCACAAGUUGGUCCAUAACGGGCUGCCUUCAGAGCAACAGCGACUUCAAAGAUCACCAAGCCAAGCACCUGGUGCGCCCGUCCGAUGCCCUGUGCGAGGCGGCCAGAUUUUCUGAGCCAAACCUGUCGGUCAGGAUGAGCGAGACCACCGCCGCGGUGCUGAGGCCGCUCCUCAAGAGUUUACCCUCGAGGGUGCUGGAGUACAACCGCAUAUACAAUAUCGUGGUCAAGACAAUGGAGGCAGAGGCUCCAGGGUUGAUCGAUGUGCCGGAACAGCACGAACUGGUAGGUGCGGUCGGGGAUCACCUCAACUUCCGAUUGAAGAAAGCUUCCGACGAGGGCAAUCUCUCUUUCCAGGCCAAGUGCAAGGAGCUCGGGGUGCCUGUGAACUGGCUACGCUCGAGUGGAAACGCGCGAUGGCACGUCAACUGGCGAGGAUUCGGCAGCCCCGCGCAAGACUUGCCGGUAACGGACAGCGCGCUGGCGAUGGCGUACGACCUGAAGCUCCCGCCGUACUUCGAGGACGAGGACUUCGUUCACCUGGCGCGCAUCAUUGCGUACGCGGCGCGAGUAUGCUGCCGUUCCGCCGCGGACGGUGGUGGCAGCCCACGGGUUUCGCCGCAGCAUCAGCAGGAAGAGGUGGGGCAGGAGCGGGAGGGCGGGGGGGGGGAAGGCACGCAGCCGCAGUAGGACACCGAGAAAAUUGCGCCGGAAAAAUGUGUCGGCGCAAGACCCGUAAGAGGGUAGGGGAACAGGACAAACGAGGACGAGUUUGUUUCUUGGCUCGCGGGUUUGUAUUGUGGAAGUGAGACUGAGUGGUCGCUCUUGUAUUUGCGCUGUGCCCUCAAGGGGACGGUGUGGGAAGUUUCCUCACCAUACCACUCGCUUGUUUGGUUCAUAAACUUUGUAUAAUGUUUCUUAGGGACCGUGCGGCAAUACCUCAAGAUCGGAUGGAGAGACCCAUCUGUAGUGUGUUAUUGAGUUUGACACCAAAUCGUGCUGGUUUUUAUGGACGUUGAUUGCGGUAGUAACACGACAUUAUUUUUAAAAAACCCUCUCUUGUGAGGGUUGAUCAUUGUGCGUGUGUGUGCCACCAAUGACUGUGCCGUUUGGCAUUGCCGGCUUUUCCAGGGGAGCCCGUCGGCCGGGAGUGACAGUCAUGCUAUAUCUUCAUUGAUGUCUCGGGCGAAGUUUGUUUUGAGGAACGCGGGUGAGAUUCGACUACCGUUGGCAGCCAGGCACGUGUUGCUUUCGAGGGGUGGCAUGCCGUAGGGAUAUGCCAUGCCCCCGUGUCAGGAAUUCCUACAUGGACCAGUGGAUGCAGGGGCAAAGCUGAAAGUCAAAUUUGGUACUGAGGACAGAGGCCUUCGAGAACGCAGACGAAGAUUUAGGAUGGCAACAAGUUGAAGUGUGAAUGUAGUUCCGAGUGCGAAGACCGGGUUCAUGUAGUUGCAGAAUGUCCUUUCUGUGAAAGGAGAGAGAAAUGCACAUGACUGAGCUGGGAAAUAUAAAAAGGGAGUUACAGAUGCUUGGGGCAUGGGAUAGCCAGGAGAAGACGUAGCUAUACUGGGACAAAGGACGUGGGAUGAAAAAGGCGGGAAGUGAUGCAGGAUAGAUAGGGACGGGAACACAAUUUUGAGCCACCUUUGGCAAAUUAGGAAGGAACAAUUGGCCAUCGGUGGUUGGUCCUGUGAGAAGAAUGCUCAGUCCUCUCGAAGACGCGCGGUCACUGGUCUAACCACGAAGGCAAGUAAAAAAUGAGUAUGCCCCCCCCCCGUGUUGGGAACUCCCGGUGUGUAUCAGCGUAUGUAUUUAUUUGUAUGGAAUGUUUUUUGGUGUGAGCCAAGGAGAAACAUUAUACCUUCGGAGAGUGAUGUCCUUUGACUUUACCAGGUCUCGUUGAAAAGACGAAGAAUCGGAACUUGCGCGGCCGGUAGAUCCUCGUGUUUGUGUGUACCAGCGAAUUGUGCCGUUCAGCAGUGCCGGCGUUCCAGAAGAGCAAGUCGGCCGGAGUGAAAGUUGUGCUGUAUUUCCAUCGAUGUCUCAGGAGAGGUACGUUUGAAGAGGGCGAGUGAGGGUCGACUACCGUUGGCUGCCGGGCGUGAGUUGCCUUAGCGGGUAG